AUGAGACCUAAACAAUCAGAUGUAUAUAAAAGAGUUCGUUUGCUUGGACAAGGAUCAUGUGGAAAGGCAUAUCUUUGUGAAUGUUUGAAGGAUCAUUCAUUUUGUGUGAUUAAGUAGAUGGACAUGAGAUACUUAAAUGAUAAAGAGAAAAAGGUAAUUAAAUAUAGCAAAUAUAUUAGGAAACCUAUAGGGAGUUUAGAAUAAUGUCUGAAUUGAAGCAUCCAAAUAUAAUAAAUUUUCGGGAGGUUUAUAAAACAGUAAAGGGGAAAUUAUGUAUAGUAAUGGAUUAUGCAGAAGGUAAUAUAUAAUAAUAAUUAUAUAUUAGGAGGUGAUUUGGCAUAAGUAUUAAAGAAUGCAGAUGGAUAUAUAGCAGAGUCAAGAAUUUUAGAUUGGUUUACAUAAAUGUGUUUGGCAAUAAAACAUUGUCAUGAUCGUAAGAUUAUUCACAGAGAUAUAAAAACAUAAAAUAUGUUUCUAACAAAAGAUAUGAGAAUUCGUUUAGGAGAUUUUGGAAUAGCUAGAUUAUUAAAUAAUACAAGAGAUAAAGCAAAAACAAUGGUUGGUACUCCUUAUUAUUUGGCCCCUGAGUUAUUAGAAAAUAAGCCAUAUAGUUUUAAAGGUGAUAUUUGGUCACUUGGAGUAGUUCUAUAUGAGGUAAUUGAAAUAAAUAUUAAAAUAUAUAGAUGUGUGCUAAGACUCCACCUUUUACAGCUGAAUCUUUAGCACAAUUAGCUUUAAAAAUAGUACGUGGUUAAUUUUAAGCUAUUCCAAAUAUUUAUUCUUCAUAAUUAAGAACGUAAAACUAAUCUUAUAAUUAUACAAAGAUAGCCUUGUGAAUUAGCUUCUAACAGUAAAUCCUGAAAAAAGACCAGUAGUUCAUUAAAUACUCAAGAUGCCUAUUAUUACGAACAGAAUUAAGAAUUUCCUUUCAGAAACUAUGAAAAAAAGUGAAUUUGAUCAUACUAUUUUGCAUAAUCAAUAGAUUCACUUAACUGACACUACCAUACCUUUAAUUGAUGAUUAAGAUGUAAAAGCAGAUUUAACAGAAUAUACUUCAAAAGAGAAUUAUUAAAAUUAAUUACCGGGAAUAAAGAGUCCUCAAAUCAAUUAAUAAAAAUAAAGAAAAAAUAGUGAUUUGAAGAAAUUACCUGAAAUUAAAUUAUCUAAACCUGAAAGACCUCCCAUAACUAGAUAAUAAACAAGUAGAUAAUAAUUUCAUCAACUUCCUAUAUAAAGAGCAUAAGUAUCUACUCCCGACGUAGGUAUUAAUAAUAAAUUAAAAAAUGCUCGUUUUAUUACAAAAGAAAGUCCUGAUUCUUAUUAAGGUUCAGAUUAAGUUAUUGAAGAGGGAUCUAAAAAUAGUGAAUAAGAAAGUCCGAAAUUCUUUAAAAAAAAUAUUGAAAUCAAACCUCAUAUUAAAAAUAUUAAGGGACUUACUAAACUAGAUUAAAUUUAAAAGAUAAAAUUAGGGUUAAAAUCAGAGGAUGAAGCCAAAAAACCUAUAUAUAGAGUUCACGCUUAACAUAAAAUAUUUGAAUAAAAUAAAUAUAAGGAACGUAAAAUUUCAGAAGAAGUUUUAUCUAAUUAUUAAAAAUAAGAGGAGUCAUUAAAUUAAUAGCAUCAUCUAGAAAAAAUAUCAGAAACUCCAGAAUAAAAAUUACUCAAUUAAUCUACAUUUAGUGAUUUUUAAAAUUCAGAAGAAAACAUUGAUUAAAAUAAAAAAUAAAGUAUUAUGACACCUGCUUUUGAAAUUUAAAUUGAAUAAUAAUUUCAAGUACAUGAUAUUAUUUAAAAGAAACCAGCAAAAAUUAUUAAAGAGUCAAUUUCUAAAACUGACGAAGAAAAAAAUAAGAAAAAAAUAUACAAAAUUAUUUAUAGAGAUCCUUUUCAAAAAAAAAAACAACCGCUAAAGCGUAACAGUGAAGAAGACAUGAAAGAAAUGAUAAAUGAACUGUAAAACGUUCUUGUAAAGAAAUUACAUAUAUAAAAUAGUCGGAUAAAUAAAAAAAAUAAGAGGAGCUUAAUAUAUAAAAUGAAAUUGAUUCUGAAGAUUCUAGAAUCUAUUCUGAAGAAUCAAGUGAAGAUCUCAGAGAUGAUGCUGAUACAUUGCCACCAUAAACAUAAGUUAAUACUUGGAUGUAAAGUAAUACUGAGGCAGUCAAUAUAUCAAAAUCAUAGCCAGAACCUAAAAGAAUAAUUAAUAUUAAUUAAAGAAGUCUAAAAGAUAAAUUAAUAGAUGAAUUAGGAAAUCAUUUUGAAUAAUUAUUUAAAUUAGCUAAAUUAUGUACUCAUAAGGAGGAUUUAGGAAAAUAACACUUAAAAAUUGCUAUAAUUGAGAAUCUUAGAUUAGAUGAGAAUAGGGCAGAAAUAUGUGCAACUCUCCUGGUUACAUUAGCUACAAUUGGUUACUGA